AUGUCAGAUGAAACGAGUUCUUCUGGAAUGAUUGGAGAGGAGAAAAUAGUAUGUCAAUAUGUUGUAAAACAUGCACAAAAGGGUAUUUGGUUUGGAGAUAAUCCCCUUCAGCAUGACACAUCUGUCUUAGUUCUGCAAAUUAUUGUUAUGUAUGUUGCUGGUAGAAUCACUUAUCUCUUAUUGAGGCCUUGCCAUCAAACCUUUCUCGUUUCACAGAUUGUGAUGGUUGAUUAA